AUGGUUCUCGCUGACCUCGGCCGUAAACUCAAUGCUGCCCUGUCAUCGCUCAAUAGAGCGCCUGUUGUUGACGAGAAGGUACUAGAUGCAACGCUCAAGGAGAUCACAGCUGCACUAUUAGAAUCGGAUGUGAAUGUCAAACUAGUUGCGUCUCUACGACAGAAAGUCAAGGUAAAGGUAAAGGCAGCUCUGGAUGGCUCAGAGAAGUCAAAAGAUUCUAGCCGGAAGAAUCUCAUACAGAAGGCCGUCUUUGAUGAGCUAGUUCACUUGGUCGAUCCAGGUGUCGAGCCAUACAAACCAAAGAAAGGCCAACCGAAUGUUAUUAUGGCCGUGGGUCUUCAGGGAAACGGGAAGACCACCACAUGUACAAAACUGGCUGUUUACUAUCAGAAACGUGGUUUCAAGUCAUCUAUCGUCUGUGCGGACACUUUCCGCGCGGGUGCUUUUGAUCAGACCAGACAGUCUGCAACCAAGGCCAAGGUAGCCUACUUUGGUUCAUACACUGAAACAGAUCCAGUCGCCAUUGCAGCUCAAGGUGUUGCGAAAUUCAAAAAAGAGAGAUUUGAAGUGAUCAUCGUCGACACAUCUGGUCGUCACAAGCAAGAAUCUGAACUAUUCCAAGAAAUGGUACAAAUCGGAGAAGCCGUCAAGCCCAACAUGACUGUAAUGAUCCUCGAUGCCAGCAUAGGCCAGGCCGCUGAGGCACAGAGCCGAGCAUUUAAGGAGAGCGCUGAUUUUGGUGCCAUCAUUGUCACCAAAAUGGACGGCCAUGCGAAGGGUGGAGGUGCCAUCUCAGCUGUCGCCGCGACAAAGACCCCGAUCAUUUUCCUUGGGGUUGGGGAACAUCUACAUGAUCUAGAUCGAUUUUCGCCUCAGCCAUUCAUAUCUAAACUUCUUGGAUUGGGCGACAUGCAGGGCCUCAUGGAGCAUAUGCAAGAUCUCGCCACUCAAAACCCCGAUAAACAGAAGGAGAUGGCAAAAAAACUCGAGGAAGGCAAACUCAGCAUAAGGGACUGGAGGGAGCAAAUACAAAACGUGAUGAAUAUGGGACCAAUAAGCAAGAUCGCCUCCAUGAUACCGGGCCUUCCCCAGGAAUUACUUCAAGGUUCAGACGAAGAAGGUUCAAUGCGAAUGAAGCGCAUGAUCUAUAUUACUGACAGCAUGUCAUCGGCCGAGCUUGAUUCGGACGGUUCGUUAUUUAUGGAAAUGGGGAAGGACGGUAAACCGGUAGGACUCACAUGGAGAGUCACGCGUGUGGCAAAAGGGAGCGGCACGAGUGUGCGGGAAGUCGAAGAAUUGCUUUGUCAGUACAGGAUGAUGGCUAACAUGGCCAAGCAAGCGGGUGGGAAGAAUGGAUGGUUACAAGCGAUGCAAAAGAUGCAAAGCGCAGCAGGGGGGCGUGGGCGUGGAGCCAACGGCAUGCCUACCCCUGCACAGAUUCAAGCGAUGCAACGCGCAAUGCCUCCAGGGAUGCUGCAACAAAUGCAACGACAAUUAAGGAGCGGUGGUGGUAUGCAGGAAAUGAUGAAAGCCAUGAUGCAGGGUCAAGGAGGUGACCAAUUUGAUAUGGAAGAGAUGCAAAGGAUGAUGGGACAGAUGAACAAUGGUCUCGGCGGGCUUGGAGGGUUGCCUGGCAUUGGAGGUGGCAUGCCAAACCUUGGGGAUAUGUUUAAAAUGAUGGGUAUGGGCGGCAACGCUGGACGAUGA